UUUUACCAGCUUCGCCCAAUCCAGUGUUCAGAAAUUUCCUAUUGCAUAACUAAAUUGGCAACGGAGUCAUAGCACUACCAGGAAAUUGCUGGCAGCUCACGGCAAAACAAGAACAGCGUUUCGAAAAGCAGAUUCUCCAGCUAGCCAUCAAGGACGUGGCCAUGGGAAAGUCAGCUUCCAAACAGUUUGCAGAAGAGGUCUUAAAAGCUCACAAUGACUACAGAAAGAAGCAUGGUAUUCCCCCCCUAAAACUCUGCAAAAAGUUAAACAGGGAUGCGCAGCAGUAUUCAGAAGCACUUGCUAGCACGAGAAUCCUCAAGCAUAGUUCUGAAUCUAGUAAUGGAAAAUAUGGCGAAAAUUUAGCAUGGGCUUCUUAUGAUCAGUCAGGGAAAGAAGUAGCUGACAGAUGGUAUAGCGAAAUAAAAAAUUACAACUUUCAGAGUCCAGGAUUUUCCUCUAACACAGGACACUUCACAGCAAUGGUUUGGAAGAACACAAAAAAGAUGGGAGUUGGAAAGGCAGCAGCAAGCGACGGCUCCACAUUUGUAGUGGCCAGAUAUGAGCCGGCUGGCAAUAUUAUCAAUCCUGGUCACUAUGAGCAGAACGUUCUUCCCCCAAAGAAAUAAUUUUGUCAGGAGUUGGGAGGGGGGAAGGGAGAAAGGACUAUAUAAGCAGCUAAUGAAAAGCAAAGCUGCAGAUCGGGUGAGAACGGGCCAACCUUUAACAGGAAAUGAAGUUGAAUGGAAUCUCAUGCUUGAAGGUACCUGGAACUUAUGAGAGAAACAACAGCUUUGAUCACAUUUAACAAAGAGUUGGUCCUGAGCGGAACCAGUACCAAAGAGGUAUAAGCAAGCCCAAAACAUGGAAUGUGCAAAAAUAAGUGAAUAUGGUUUAUAGCACUUUGAAUUUGUGUAUGGUCCCCUUAAGACAUUUGUACGCUUUCAUUAAAAUGUGACAGGUUUAAGAGUAUUUAAUAGGUUCAUAUUUUCCAGUGUGUACAACUAGGAAGUAAAUUGUCUGGCUUUGGCUGUGAUGCCAAAAUUGCUUAGAAAUCUUAUUCAUCUCCACAGUUCUCACUUAGUCAAGGCACUUUUCAAGUAUUUCUUUAUGCCUGUUGCAUAGUUAGGCUAAGCAGGGUCGGUGCUUCGAAGGG